GGCCCAGAAGGCCGGGCCUAGGAGCCUCGGAGGGCGGUGACGGCCUCCUUCCGGCCGCCAGGACCCGGCCGGCAGGGCGAGCCCCAGCCCGGAGGGAAGGAGCCGGAGAGGCCGGCGGGCCAUGCCCUGCUCCCUGCGCGCCAUUCUCCUCCGGGACCUGGUCCUGGGCGUGCUGGGCGUCUCCGCCUUCCUCGUCCACCUGGGCGCCGACCUGUGGGCGGUGAGCCAGUACGUGCUCAGCGGCUGCUACCUGUGGGCCGCGCUGGUGCUGUCGCUGCUGGGCGUCGCGUCUGUGGCGCUUCAGGUCUUCAGCUGGAUCUGGCUGCGCGCCGACCCCGCCGGCCUGCACGCCGCUCCGCGCUCCGUGCGCUGCCUGGCGCUGCUGCACCUCCUGCAGCUGGGCUUCCUGUACCGGUGCCUGCAGGGGCUGCAGCAGGGGCUGCUGGUGUGGCAGCAGGAGACGCCCUCCCAGUUCGACUUGGCCUACGCCGACUUCCUGUCCCUGGACAUCAGCAUGCUGCGGCUCUUCGAGACCUUCCUGGAGAGGACGCCGCAGCUCACGCUGGUGCUGGCCAUCGUGCUGCAGAGCGGCCGGGCCGAGUACUACCAGUGGGUUGGCAUCUGCACGGCCUUCCUGGGCAUCUCCUGGGCCCUGCUCGACUACCACCGGGCCCUGCGCACCUGCCUCCCCGCCAAGCCCGUCCUGGGGCUGGGCUCCUCCGUGAUCUACUUCCUGUGGAACCUGCUGCUGCUGUGGCCCCGCGUCCUGGCCGUGGCCCUCUUCUCGGCGCUCUUCCCCCGCUACGUGGCUCUGCACUUCCUGGGCCUGUGGCUGGUGCUGCUGUUCUGGGUCUGGUUGCAGGGCACCGAUUUCAUGCCAGACCCCCACUCCGAGUGGCUCUACCGGGCCACAGUGGCCACCAUCCUCUACUUCUCCUGGUUCAACGUGGCCGAGGGCCACACUCGCGGCCGCGCCACCAUCCACCUGGCGUUCCUCCUGAGCGACAGCGCGCUCAUGGCGGUCACCUGGGUGACGCAGGGCGCCUGGCUGCCCGGCGGGGUCCCGCUGCAGGUGCUGCUGCCCUUGGGCGGCCUCAGCUUCCUUCUGGGUCUGGCGCUGCGGCUUGUCUACUACCGCUGGCUGCACCCCAGCUACCCCUGGGAGCCUGACCGGGUGGACGGGACCCCCGCCCCCCGCCCCCUCCAGUACUAUGAGCUGCCCAGGAACAGGCGCAUGGACCAUUUGGCUCGGAAUUUUUUCCCCCAAGGCGAUGAGGCCGCUGUGCCGUGGCCGGGGGAGGCAAACGGGGUCCUCUGAGGCAGGGCCAGACCCAGCCAGGGGACAGAAGGACACACACAAUCAGUGGUUGGCGUGCAGAAGAUAAGCUAAUUAUGCUGCUGUGGGCCUUGACUCACUCAACAAGCACUUGUUGCCUGACCUUGCCAGCACCGGAGAUGAGAGUUGAGUAAGACAGAGGCCUGCUUCCCGGAGAAGAAGACAGGAAGGACCACGCCCUGGAGGGCCAAGAGCCGCAAUUCUAUCAGAACACCUGGAGAGGGCAGAAGAGAUCCCCUUUUCUUUUCCUUCCAACCAGUAUAUCUGGUGCCCAAAGCAUCCCAAGUUUUCACUCAAAUAACUGGUGGAGGUGCUGUCCCGGCCCUUGGCUCCCCUCUCCUGGAAGCCAGGAUGCCGAGCCAGCUGGCUUCCAUCAACCCAGCCAAGGCCUCAUGCAGCUGGCCCGGCCUCUGCCCCGGCUCUCAAGGGCCUGUCUUUCCACCAGGUGCCUUGUGAGCCUGUGGCCUGGCCAUGGCUCAGCCCAUGGAGUAUGUUUUAUACGUUAGACAGUGUACUUUCUACCUCAGAACCUACUGUGAGAGGGAGAGAAGGUGCAUGCCUCUCUCUGCAGGUGAGAGACACGCAUGUGUUGUUUCGUUGAACAGUAUUACUUUGUUGAACAGGUUAUUAUUAAAACCUUAUAAAAUCCUC